AAUAACUUCUACUCACUAAAAGAAAACAAAUGUUCUUCAAAAUUAUUGUUUUACUUUUAAGGGUUCAUGAGUGGCAUCACAAUUGGUUUUUGAUUCUCUGAGACUAUACCUCCUCCAUGUCUUGGGUGCAACAAGUGAAAAAUGAAAAGACGGAGAUAAGCCAAUCUUUUUGACAGUACCAUGCCAUCCCCUCCCUCUCAAUUUCUGCACUCUCCAGCCUGACAACCUGUAUCACCCAACUCACACCUGGUUCCUUCCCUCUACUUGCAACUUUCUCUCUCUCUCGUUCUCUCUCUCUCCCCCCCUCUUACAAGACCAAAAGCAACAAGAAAAGAUACUACUCAUGGAGAGAGAAAAGUAAAGGAUGGUGUUGUUUGUUAAAAGAUGGUGACAAAAAAGAGAUGAAAGUAAAAAGAAAAAAAUUAUAGUAGCCGCUGUAGUAUAUUGUUUCAUAACUUACAUUUGCCCCACUCACAAUUUUAGGCUCUCUUUGUUAGACAUGUUCAUGACUAGAAUUAUUGGCUAACUAGUUAUGGCUUUCAAGCUGUUGCAUCUCUCUUUCUUCUCUCUCUUUUUAGCUAAACUGUCUCUUUCAUAUGAACCUAGAAACCAUGAAGUGGAGGCUUUGAUAGGUAUAAGGGAAGCUUUACAUGAUCCACAUGGAGUGUUAAGCAACUGGGAUGAGGAUUCUGUUGAUCCUUGUAGCUGGGCUAUGAUCACUUGCUCUCCUGAAAAUCUUGUUAUUGGCUUGGGGGCUCCAAGCCAGUCUCUCUCUGGUUUUCUGUCCGGAACCAUAGGAAAUCUCACUAAUCUUCGCCAAGUGUUGUUGCAAAACAAUAACAUCUCUGGUCAAAUUCCGCCAGAGCUUGGCACUCUCUCAAAACUUCAGACUUUGGAUCUCUCUAACAACAGGUUCUCUGGUGGGGUACCAGAGUCUCUUGGCCAAUUAAAUAGUCUCCAAUACCUGAGGCUAAACAACAACAGCUUGUCUGGGCCUUUUCCUGUGUCUUUGGCCAAAAUCCCACAGCUUGCUUUCUUGGACCUGUCUUAUAACAACAUCAGUGGACAUGUGCCCAAGUCCCCUGCUAGAACAUUCAAUGUUGUGGGUAAUCCAAUGAUUUGUGGAAGCGGCUCUAUUGAAGGGUGCUCUGGAUCAGCCAAUGCUGGUCCUCUUUCUUUCUCUCUUGGUUCAUCACCCGGUAAGCAUAAACCCAAAAAAUUAGCAAUUGCACUUGGGGUUAGUCUCAGUCUUGUAUCUCUCUUCCUCCUAGCACUUGGAAUCCUUUGGUUCCGGGGGAAACAAAAAGGCCAAAUGAUACUUCACAUUAGUGACAAUCAAGAAGAGGAGCUAAUUAGCCUAGGAAAUCUCCGGAACUUCACUUUCAGAGAGCUUCAAAUUGCUACUGACAACUUCUGCUCAAAGAACAUUCUUGGUGCUGGAGGUUUUGGCAAUGUGUACAAGGGAAAGCUAGGAGAUGGGACCAUGGUGGCUGUGAAACGGCUAAAGGAUUUGACUGGAACUGCUGGGGAAUCACAGUUUCGAACGGAACUGGAGAUGAUCAGCCUUGCAGUUCACCGCAAUUUGCUGCGGUUGAUUGGAUAUUGUGCCUCUCAUAAUGAGAGGCUUUUGGUUUAUCCUUACAUGUCUAAUGGCAGCGUGGCUUCAAGGCUUAGAGUGAAACCUGCACUGGACUGGAACACUAGGAAGAGGAUAGCAAUAGGAACUGCCAGGGGUCUUCUGUAUCUACACGAGCAAUGCAACCCUAAGAUAAUUCAUAGGGAUGUAAAGGCUGCUAAUGUGCUUCUUGACGAAUUCUGUGAGGCUGUGGUUGGUGAUUUUGGCCUUGCCAAACUUUUAGACCAUGCUGAUUCCCAUGUCACUACUGCUGUCCGUGGCACUGUUGGGCACAUAGCACCAGAGUACCUAUCCACUGGUCAGUCAUCUGAGAAAACCGAUGUUUUUGGAUUUGGCAUUCUCUUGAUAGAGCUUAUUACUGGAAUGAGAGCUCUUGAAUUUGGCAAAACUGUUAAUCAGAAAGGAGCUAUGCUUGAAUGGGUGAAGAAGGUACAACAAGAGAAGAAAAUGGAAGAGUUGGUGGACAAAGAGCUGGGGAGCAAUUUCUGUCGCAUUGAGGUGGGGGAGAUGUUACAAGUGGCGCUUCUCUGCACUCAAUUCCUCCCAGCUCACCGUCCCAAAAUGUCAGAAGUGGUCCGGAUGCUUGAAGGUGAUGGUCUCGCCGAGAAAUGGGUUGCAGCACACAGUCAUUAUAAUCCCACAAUGAGCCUCUCCCGUCCUAACAACAAUAACAAUAGCACUACCUCUGCUUCAAAACAUGAUGAAAGUGGUCCUAAUCGUUCCAGCAGCAUGUUUAGAACUACAAUGGAUGAGGAUGAGGAUGAGCACUCUUUGGAUUCCUAUGCAAUGGAACUCUCUGGUCCAAGAUAAACAGGAAAGAAUUAAGAAAAGCGAAAUUUGAACAAACAGGAAAAUGAUUCUUUUCUUCAAGUAAUUCUUUACAACUAGAAGCUGUCUUUUGUUCAAGAAAUAUAUAGGUUUACUUUCUCUCUGUUAACUGUCUUUUUUGAGUUUUUUUAGCUUCAUGGAAAUGUAAUGUACAUAUCCCUUUUCUAACCGAACUGAAAGAAUCUCAUUAUAUGGGUUGGGGUCCAAUAGUAUUUACGAAAGAAAGAAAGUUUGG